AUGUCACAAAUAGGGGUCUCAUUUCAGACGCAACAAAGGUCACUAACAGAACUCUUCCAUAGCAUUAAAUCGCUCUUCAUUUUCUUCGCGCCCAUCCUCAUCCCUCGAGCAAUCAACUACUAUCGCAGUCUCCGUGCCUCUCUCGCGCAUCGCCCUCCUGUUCGUCCGCUCCCUCCGCAGGCGUCUCGCGCCCUGAACGUCCUGUUCGGUGCGAUCGUUUUCUUCCUCAUCCUGAGUUUGCCAUUUAAUCCGCAUGCUCCAACCCCGAAUAUCUUUGCCCAGACGGGCUCACGCAUCAAUACUCCGACAGAAGUCAUCUUUGCUCGCUUGGCGCGACUCCGACCGGACAAUGUCCUGACGGAGGAUGAUACACUCCUGCGGGGGAAGCUGAUGUCGCAGGUGUUCAGGAAGGUGUACCUCCGCUAUGGGCCGGAUGCGUUGCUGUCGUGCCAGUUCUGUACUGUGGACAAUACGUGGUCGUAUCUGCUGUACUAUCUACCGUUGAAUACGUUGGUACCGCACCUCUUCCACCUGCUGAUUGUUGGUCUGGUCACCUCAGCGCCGUUCGCUGGUCCUGAAGCCGCGCAAUGGCGGAAUAAAUUCACUAUCGCCGGCCUGGCUCUGGCCGCCAUCGAUGUCUACAUCAUGGCUGUCUAUGAUCCGGUGGCAUCUGCUUCGGCGGCAGUGCGAGCCGGCCAGGCCCCGCCUCCAAGUCUCUAUUACAACAUGGGCCUCCUGCGGCCUCUGGCCUUUGCGAUCUUCGACGGCGUCUGCUCCGCCCUGAUCUACCUCUCUGCUACCAACCGCUUCUUCUACAGCCCGCCAUCACAAGCUGAACAGAUGGAGCAACUGAUGUCGACCGCCACCACUGCGUUGACGGCAGCUACUUCAAAGCUGCACGCGGUCAGUGUCACGCGGAAUGCGGUCGUGAGAGACAAGACGCUGAAAGCGCGAGACGAUGCGUAUUGGCGGGAGGUGGUGGCCAUGGAGGGCGCUGGCCGUGGUGAGAAGCAGCAACCGUCCGGGACGGGCAGUAUCUGGGAGGAAGAGGAAGUGGUGCGGGCGAUGUCGAGGGCGAUGACCGGGCAGGCUCGGAACCGCGGGGUCGACAUGGCGAAGCUGGGAGCUAGUGCAAGCGAGUACGUCGACGGCAUUACGGCCGGCUUGGAGAAUGCCAGCGACGAUCGACCUGAAUGA